AUGGCUAACGUUCGCAACUGCUCGGAUCACCCCUUGGUGGCUGCGAAACUAUCGAAGUUGCGCUUGGAGACGACCUCGAACAAGGAGUUUCGUGAGGGUGUCAAUGAUUUGAGCUUGAUGGUCGCAUAUGAAGCGAGCCGCAAGCUAGAGCAGGCGACCUUCAACGGGAAAUCGCCCGUGGCAGCGUUCGAGGGCACCCUAGUAAAGCCGCGUAUCGGAUUGGCGCCCAUCCUUCGCGCCGGCCUUGGUAUGACGGAUGCUGUCUUGUCGCUGUUCCCCGAGGCGCCUGUGUACCAUCUCGGCUUGUAUCGAGAGAAGGUCAGCCUUAACCCGGUAGAAUACUACUGCAAGCUUCCGCCGAACCCGGAUAUCGACCUCUGCUAUCUGCUCGACCCGCUUAUCGCAACGGGCGGAACGGCUUGCGCGGCUCUGCAGAUGAUCGUUGAUUGGGGCGUCCCACUAUCGAACAUCAAGAUCCUCUGCAUUCUCGCGUCGGAGCCUGGAUUGGAGAAUGUGCAGAAGCAGUUCCCGGGCGUAGAGAUCUGGGCUGCUGGGGUGGACAAGGAGCUCACAAACCAGGGCUACAUUAUCCCCGGACUUGGCGAUACGGGCGAUCGUCUGAACAACACCCACAGACCUCACUGA